AUGGCCCCUGUAAUUUUUUCUUUUCUCCGUGCAGUUGUGAACAGUUUCCAUGUCCGGUGUUGUUCGAGCCGUUUCCGCAAUCUAGCACAUCCUUUCAAUUGUCACUUACGGAAGAGCGUAAAGUACGACGAUAGAGCAACUCGGAGCAUGGACUUGCUCGGGCAGUACACCACUGUUCAAGGUGUCUCCGUCUCAGAUUCUUCAUCAGGAGAUGAGGCUGGCGUUUCCCCCGCCGCCGUCAUCGAAUCCAAGACUCCGCCACCUGCAACGAAGAAGAAAAUCGUUACUGGCAUAAUUGAGGCCGUCGAAAUAGAUGCCGCUGAAUUUAACGCGAACGAGCGCAGAUUCGCAGCACGAGCAGUUGCCGUGGACACUGCCACUCGCAACGCCGCUCAACAACGCCCAGGUCAUCGUCCAGACGAUUGCAAGAAUGACAAGCCAGCGGAAUCAUCGCGCAAACAAGCCCCACGAAAGCGGGAGCGCUCUUCAUCCCCGAAACCAUCGGCUAAGAAGCUUCGCGACCAAGGGCCGCUCAUACCCACCUCGACUUUCCACGCCAACGAAGCAAAAGACUACCAGGGUCGCUCAUGGGUCAUGCCCAGCGGCGGCGCGCGGACAUUUGCCGACCUUGAGGAGUACACGCCGUACAUUCCGAAGCGAUGUGCCCGUGAGCUGAAAGGUGCGCAUGUCGGCGGCGUGUCUGUUGUCCGUUUUUUUCCAGAGUACGGCCAUUUGCUGCUUAGCGCGGGCAUGGAUGGUAAGGCGCGUGUGUGGAGGACGUCGUCGGGGAAGCUUGUGCGAGAUUACUGCGGCCAUUCGAAGACCAUUCGGGACGUGUGCUUUUCAAACGACGGGCGGCGUUUUCUCACGGCGAGCUACGAUGCGACCGUCAAGUUGUGGGAUACAGAGACUGGGCGCGUGGUGGGCAGUUUUACAACAGGUGCGGCGCCGUCCUGCGUAAAGUUCAAUCCAGAACCGGAGAAGCAGAACGAGUUUCUGGCGGGAUGCGCAAAUCGAAAGAUACUGCAGAUUGACGUGCGCAAUGCUAACGAGGUGGUGCAGGAGUAUGAUCAGCACAUGGGGGCCGUCAAUUCGAUUUCAUUUGUGGAAGAUAACACACGGUUUGUGUCCAGUGCUGACGAUAAGGUGCUCCGUGUGUGGGAUUACGGUAUACCUGUGGUCAUAAAGUAUGUCAGCGAUCCACUAAUGCAUUCGAUGCCGGUGACCGUGUUGCAUCCAAAUCGCAAAUGGUUAGCUUGUCAGAGCAUGGACAACAAAAUUGCUAUAUACUCGGCAAGGGAUCGUUUUAAGCACAACACGAAAAAAAGGUAUGGUGGUCACUUGGUUGCGGGCUACGCGUGUGGUUUGACGUUUUCUGGUGAUGGGCGCUUCAUCGGCAGUGGAGACAGUCUAGGUCGCUUGUUUUUCUGGGAUUGGAAGAGCUCGAGAUUGUUUCGAACGCUUCAGGGACACAAGGGAGUUUGUAUAGGACUUGAGUGGCAUCCGACCAAGCCCUCUCUGGUAGUUUCAUGCGGCUGGGAUGGCGACAUAAAAUUCUGGGACUAG